AUGCAACGAUCGACCAGCGAAUACAAUAUUUUGAAAACAAAUGCAUAUACCGAUGAUGAUUCGGGCAUUAGUGCUGGUUAUGAUUAUUCAUCAUCAAUAAGCGAUCUUAAUUCAUCGAUCAUGGCACAUGAUAAUUACCAACGAUCAAGAAUACCGUCGACACCGUUGGUGAGAUUUAUGUACAAUGGAAAUGUUCAACGCAUUCGUCCGAUAACGAUGAGAAAUAGUGAAAAUGGAGAUUAUAUUAUUUGCAAUACGAAUCGUGGAGCGUAUGUGGCUUAUCGAACACCGAUCGUACCUGCAUGGGUUACGCGACUUGUGCAUGAAAUUGAAUCUCGAGGAGAAUAA